ACCCACGCUGCAGUUAUUUUUCAAACCAAUCCACGUCAUGCCACGCGAUGUUUGCACGCAGCUCACCUUCGCUCCGUGUCUUGCAGCGUUAGCCUCGAUGUUUCCAUCGCAAAGAAUUUCUCCCGUUUUGCCCUGGCCAGUAACGGACAUGGGCUAUGAUUAACCGCGGAGCAUUACUCCGAGGCUCGGACCUAGAUGGGCUCGUUGCCUGGCUGAAUUGCCAGAGAGUCAAGGCAUAUAAGUAGCGCUGUCGAGACCACGAGCUUCUUCUGAUCGAAGAAUCACCACAAUCACGCGAAAAUGGUCGGACUGCUUUCGAUUACCGCGGCGCUUGCCGCGACUGUAUUACCUAGCAUUGUCUCUGCCGUUGGGCUCGAUGAAGCUGCAGUCGCCAAAGGACUUGAAUACUUCGGCACAGCCACGGACAAUCCCGAGCUCACGGAUAUCCCAUACGUGACUCAGUUGAACAACACCGCGGACUUCGGUCAAAUCACUCCCGGAAACUCGAUGAAGUGGGAUGCCACGGAACCAUCUCAGAACACCUUUACGUUCACCAAUGGCGAUGUGAUCGCAAAUUUGGCUGAGGGCAACGGCCAGUAUCUGCGCUGUCAUACUCUGGUUUGGUACAACCAGCUGCCUAGCUGGGUGACCAGCGGAACCUGGACUAAUGCCACUCUCACCGCCGCAUUGAAGAACCACAUCACAAACGUGGUGUCGCACUACAAAGGGAGAUGUCUCCACUGGGACGUGUACGGCGGUGCCAAGGCCGCCAGCGCCCGAGCCAUCGUCCAGCUCGUCAAGAAUGCAGGUGCCAAAAUCGACGGAGUUGGCCUCCAGGCCCACUUCAGUGUAGGCACCGUGCCCAGCAAGAGCUCCCUCGUCUCGGUGCUGCAGUCCUUCACUGCGCUCGGCGUCGAGGUCGCCUACACAGAGGCCGACGUGCGCAUCCUCCUGCCCACCACCGCAACGACCCUAGCCCAACAGUCAAGCGACUUCCAGGCCCUGGUGCAGUCCUGCGUGGAGACCACGGGCUGUGUUGGCUUCACCAUCUGGGAUUGGACAGAUAAAUACAGUUGGGUGCCCAGCACGUUCUCGGGUUAUGGAGCGGCGCUGCCUUGGGAUGAGAAUCUGGUUAAGAAGCCCGCGUACAAUGGUUUGUUGGCAGGGAUGGGAGUUACGGUCACCACCACUACCACCACCACCACCACCACCACCACUGCUAGUGCCACUGCGAGCACGGGCACUACGGCCGCUCAUUGGGGGCAGUGUGGAGGGCUUAAUUGGAGUGGCCCGACGGCGUGUGCCACUGGGUACACUUGCACCUAUGUCAAUGACUAUUACUCACAGUGUUUGUGA